AUGGCCGACAGUCCCAGUUUGGAGCCUAACGAAAAUGAUCCUAUUAAAAAUGUUAUUUUGGAAGUGGAAGCCGAUGUUAGAAAUAUCCAAAUACUUGCAAAGGAUGCAGUAAAAAAAAAUAUCAAAUAUCUUCCUCAUAAUUGCGAUAUUUUUGGUCGCGGUGUUGACGCCCAAAUCAAUGCUACUAAAGGUAUAGGUAAAAGUCCUGCUACAACCGUCAAAUAUACUGCCGUCAUUUUGGCGUAUCUCAAGUGGUGUCGCUCCACUUCCGAAAUCAACUCACCCUACCCUGAAAUCAUCACUCCAAGAAGAACCCUCCUCUACAUGGAAUGUGUUGUUGGUGUUGCCGACAUUACAGGGCGUAUAAACGGAUUUGCUUCUUUUGAAGGUGCAGCCUCCGCUUUGAGUCAUCUCUACAAUUUGCAAAAAUCUAAGUUUCUCUCUUACCCAGACUUAAAAGAUCCCAAAGAACCUCAAGUUUUCCAGUGGCCUGAAAGACUUCGAAAUACUUCUAUUGAAGAUUAUCUUAGAGGAAAAAGAGAACUUCAGACCCGAAUGGAAAGUUUGAAUUUUACCGACAGAGCCCAUCCGGUAACCGACGGUUAUACAAUAGCAGAGCUUGUCAAAAUGUCUGAGCAUCUAAUGAAAACGAAAAGUUACAACGUUCUCUUUGCAGCUUUAGGAAGCCAUGCUUUAAUGGUUAGAGGUGAUAUCAUACGUGGGUUUGAGCUUUCUGAUGUGGUUCUUCAAGACUUGACAGAUUCAGAUAUUGGGAAAAAAAUAUCCAUUUAUUUUGUCAAUCGCCAUGGUAAACCAAGCCGAACAGGACGUCCUGAGUACACUGGAAGUUUACGUCACAAAAACCCAUUUCUUUGCAGUCAUCUUGCUUUAGCUCUUGAUUUUUUCGGUCGUUUUCAUAUUGGUAACAGUCGGAGCGUGGAGGCUCCUAUCGACUUUACUUCCCCCCAUUCUUGGUAUCGAGUCAAACUUUUCCGAGGAACUACUCCAUCUAAAUCAUAUACCCCAAAUCAUCACGAAAGUCUUAUUUCAAAACUUUUGAGGGAUUGCAAUAUCGUCUCUAAAAGAAUUACCCAUAUUUUCCGAGGUUCCUCUGCGCGUUAUUGUAUUAACAAGGGUGCCCCUGAAGACUCUGUCCGUAUUUUUGGGCAUUGGCCAAAUGAUGCAUUGAUACAAAGUUACUUGACUACGGUUCCUUUAACCCCAAUGCACGUAUUAGCUGGAUUCAAUGUAUCAGAACCUUACUACAUUCAUCGAGAAAAGAUCGAGCCUCCAGAAGAAAUCUACAAGAAUAUAUUUCCAUUUAUCAAUCAGUACGUUGACGCUAUAAAUGGUGGUUAUUUAAACACUCUUCUUGUGUCCCAUCAUGACAUUUCUGUUGUUCAGUCUAGCCGGAUACGCAGACGGACUACUGCGAUUAACUCAGAAAUGGCUGCUUCAAUUUCCACUAGUAAUCCAGGCAGAAUUCCAGGAAGUCUUGAAGAGGACCUCUCGAGCGCCAGAAACCAUUAUCCACCUCGAGAUUUACAUGGUGACAUUGAAAAUGAAGAAGAUGAAGAGGAUGACAAUGAUGACGAUGAUGACGAAAUUAUUGAAAGUUUACCUCAUGAAUCUAGGGUUGGUGGUAAUGGCCGACGCCUCGAAGACGACGUGUUGAAAGUAAAGGACGCUGUUAUGUUGUUAGACUAUCUAAGAAAGGUUCUUGUACAAGAUUUAUUUCUUAUUGAACAAAUGGUUCCUGACGUUGCUGGACAUCGGAUUUUUAGGCGGCCAGAAUACUAUACUUACAAGCAUAUGCAGCAAAGACAUGAAAAUGCUGGAGUUUCUCAGGCUGUGCAAGAGCGUCUUGAAGCUCCAUUGAUGGUUGAAGAGAUUAAGCAGAUCAAAUUAGGUCAAUUAAAGAUUACUGCUGAACUUUGUGAAGUGAAGGCCAGAUUAGGGGCUGUCGAAGAUGAGGUAAGGGAUUUUAAGAAUCUUUAUCUCAGUAACAGUAACCGAUUUUCACGGGUCCAAAAACAACAUUUUCAAGCGUUAUCUCAUAUCUCUUCUAUGAUGUCAGAUUUCAUUGCCAUGAAUUCACAGAACGCCGGUAACCUUAAUCAGGCUAAUAUAGAACGUCGUGCUGUUUUACAGGGCUCAGCUAAUGAGAGGUUGGGAGUUGCACAGGGUGCGCAGGUUGCACAGGGUACUCAGGUUCUACAAAUUGCACCGGUUACGCAGGGUACGCGGGUUGUACCUAUUGUACCGGUUGCGCAGGGUACGCAGAUUACACCGGUUGCACAGGGUACUCAGGUUUCGCAGGAUAAUCAGGUUGCUGUGAGUGCUCUUGAGUUGAGGGGUGAUGGGUUUGAACCUUCAGAAUGUCACAGCUUUCAGGAAGUUUACAACGACUAUAUUAAAAUGAGUGAUUAUAAAGAAUGCCUAAUUAGUAAGUACAGGACGUUGAAGAAUAUUCCCAAGUAUCGUGAUUUCCAGCGACGGAAAACAGUCUAUGAUUUGGCGAAAAGAUUUCUUAAAAAGGGGUAUUCACUUGAACAGGCCUUUUCACACAUGGGCGAAGACAUGAGGACUUGCAAUGCAACCUUCAUGUCCUAUGGAGGCAAGGGCCGUGUAAAACACAUGGUUUCAAAGUAUAACCUGUAA